ACCCGACGGAGCGGAGGACGGUUAGAAAACCUGUCUGUGAAAUGCAGACGGCCAUGGCUCCUCUAAAUCAAGCUCCCUUUCCCUCUAAUGCACGACCCCUCACCUGUAAUUUUAGUACUGGGUCUAUUUCUGCUCUGGGAUUCUCUCUACCAUGCCUUAAAUCUCCAACCCCCAAUCACCACACCAAACUUAUGGUCCCCAGAGCUUCCAUUGCUGUGGAACAACAGACGAAGCUCGCUCUCAUCAGAAUUGGCACCAGAGGGAGUCCAUUAGCCCUUGCACAAGCUUAUGAGACACGAGACAAGCUCAUGGCAGCAGAUACAGAGUUGGCUGAAGAGGGGGCUAUCCAAAUUGUUGUAAUCAAAACAACAGGUGAUAAAAUAUUGAGUCAACCACUUGCAGACAUCGGUGGAAAGGGUCUGUUCACAAAAGAAAUAGAUGAGGCACUCAUAAAUGGUGAAAUUGACAUUGCUGUCCACUCAAUGAAAGAUGUUCCAACUUAUUUGCCAGAGAAAACAAUUUUGCCUUGCAAUCUUCCGCGUGAGGAUGUUCGGGAUGCAUUCAUUUCUUUGAGUGCCAAUUCACUAGCUGAGCUUCCAGCAGGAAGCACCGUGGGUACUGCUUCACUCAGAAGAAAGUCACAGAUGCUCCAUCGAUACCCAUCUCUCAACGUACUGGAGAAUUUUCGAGGCAAUGUUCAGACAAGGUUAAGAAAACUAAAUGAAGGGGUGGUCCAAGCAACAUUAUUGGCAUUAGCUGGACUCAAACGCCUAAAUAUGACAGAAAAUGUGACUUCCAUUCUUUCUCUUGAUGAUAUGCUUCCAGCUGUUGCUCAAGGGGCAAUUGGAAUUGCCUGUAGAAGUGAUGAUGAGAAAAUGGCUAAUUACAUAGCCUCUUUGAAUCAUGAGGAAACCAGAUUGGCAGUUGCAUGUGAGAGGGCUUUCCUGGAGACACUUGAUGGUUCUUGUCGCACUCCCAUUGCUGGAUAUGCUAGUAAAGAUGAAGAUGGAAAUUGUGUUUUUAAAGGGUUGGUGGCCUCCAUAGAUGGAACCCGAGUUCUUGAAACUUCUAGAAGAGGCCCACAUGCUCUUGAAGAUAUGAUUCUGAUGGGGAAGGAUGCUGGUAAGGAACUUCUCUCACGGGCUGGUCCAGGAUUUUUUGAUAGUUGUUGAUAUAAAGAAGAUAUAAGGAGAAAGAUCCAAGCUUCACCUUCUACUCGGUUAGAUUCAAAUGAGUUCAUUCAUCCUUCUUUUGUUGUAACAUUGGCGGAAAUAGGUUUUGUGACGUGUCAGUAUGCUAGAACAGUAGUCUAUCAAUCACAUUGGCUUUUGAUCUUGAACAUUCUUUUAAUGAUUGAAUCAACAUUCUCUUUUUUCCUGUGUGGCUCGGGCACGCAU